ACUGCGCGCUGCGCUGCGCUCCGCACCGCCGCUCGUCCUCCGGCACCGAACAACGGCAGCAAGAAACAGACCGAGGCUUCUCUGCAAAAACCCCGGACUAACAUUUUUAUUUUUUAUUUUUUUUUAUUUUUUAAUUUAAACCCUGCCUCGCCAUUUCUGUUUCCUGCCAAAAGUGUCGCGACCGUUUUCAUUGGAUUUGCCUCCUCCGGUCGAAGAGGAACGAUGCGCCGCUCCGGCUGACGGCGCGGCGGACCGCAGGUCGCCCAUGUGAGAUCUGCGAAGCUGAAAGGCUCCGCUGACAGACCCACGGCCAGCGUUUCAGGACAGACAUCCCAAACAGCCACAGCCGCGGAAUGUGUCAACAUCUUUGUGGUCAAAUCCCGCUGACUCCUCGCUUGCUGCUCACAUAAGCCUGGAGCCGGGCCUUCUGGGAUCCUACGGUGUUUAAAGGCACACAACAAUGCCUGGGAGGCCCACCUGCCCCACAUCGCCUCCAACCAUGGCUGCUGUUUUACUACAGUGCUGACUGUGCCCACUACAAUCCAGCGAAUCUAUCCUUUCUCCCUCCAGUAGGCUCACUCAGUGCGACUGCCUGACCUCUUUUUGGUAUUUAGGAAGUACAUGCCACUGUCAACCAGAUGACCUAGUGGACAUUUAUUUCCCUGUAGCCGUGCUGAGCCAUACGAGGGGAUCCUAGUAUUGAACAUGACUCAUGGGGAGGAGCCUGGCCCUGAGACACACAAGGAUUCAGCUGUUCUAACUUAUCUGGAAGGUUUACUGAUGCAUCCAGUGGUGGCCGGGCCUGGGGCCACGGCGAGCGGGAGGUCCGAGGCUGCCCACAGCAAUCAGGAGCAGAGUGACAAAGUGGGCGGGUCCUUCCAGCUGCCCAAUCAUGGCCCCACCGCUCCCAAGGCCGGAACAAAUGGGCCCACGCUGGGUUCUUCACAGCACCUGAAGAAGGCUCGCUUACUGCGCUCUUCAGCCUGGAAUGAUCCAGGGAACCAGCGAAUGAGUUCCCCCCCAGUGGAGCUGAACGGGCAAGUGGGAGGUCUGCAGAAUGGAGCACUGGAGGGGUCUCCUCACGCUGGCGAGAGCACCCUGUUAGCCUCUCUUCUGCAGUCAUUUAGCUCACGGCUUCAGAGUGUUGCAAUGUCUCAGCACUCUAAUAAGCCCCCCAGUGAGUGUUCCUCUCCAUCCAAGGCGCCGCCUGCUGACAAAGAGCCGGUUCCCGUGUAUGGAACAGCUUCAAGCCGCCUGAAGGGCCUGAUGAGGAAGAAUAAACUUCAGAAUCACAGCAGCACGCCGUACAGUCGCCGUUCUCACAGUCAGGACAGGCCGCCAGAGUCGCCUCGCUCAGUACACAGCGCCACGCCUCCCGCUGCACCGGCAGGUGCUGACUCGGUGUCCUGUGCGGAGCGUCUGAAGGCUGUGGCCAACAUGGUGAAAAUCCGCUCGAGCCCCGCACCUUCUCCCAAGCCCAGUGUGGCCUGCAGUCAGCUAGCCUUGCUGCUGUCCAGCGAAGCCCAUCUCCAGCAGUACUCCAGAGAGCAUGCGCUCAAGGCCCAGCUGUCGGGGAGGUCUGCUAGUGAGAGGCUAGCCGCCAUGGCAAACCAGCAGCACGGCCCUGACAAAAAGCCACCUAGUGUGGGAGGAUCUCUGCCCGGAGCUCCAGACACUCUAAGCUCCUUAACAACCCAAAAUGGAAUGACAACAACACCCACAAUAACAACAACACUCCCUCGAUCGGCGCUGUCCAGUCCACAGAGCCCCUCUCUGCUGCGCGGCCACAGCCAAAGCUCUCCACCCACUCCCCCACGCGCUCCCAGCCACACUCACAGCCAGCCGCCAAGGGAGAAGCGAAGCUUUGACUCGCGUCCAACCCGGCCCCCCCAGACUUGCAGCAGCUUGCUGUUGUUGCUACUGAACAACCACAACAACCAGAAGCAGCUGACCAAAAAUGGCCACCUGGAGGACAGCUGUGGCCUUUUGCCACAGAGCGGCUCCUCUUCAGUCACAUCCGACAGCGAGUGCUCCACCCAGGAAAGGAGUCUGACCAAGGACAGCAGCGAUGCCGAGAGUUCCUACUCAAGUUGUUCUCCCAUUGACCUUUCCAUGAGAAGCCGUGUUAAUAUUCAAGAUACAGGGCCCAAAACUAGCACCCCUUCCUCCACCUCUGCCCCAGUGUUUGCCUCCGCCCCGGUUACAUUCUCCCCUCAUGCUUCUGGUCAGCCUUUAUCCUCAGCUUUCUCCCCUUCCUCUACUGCUGUCUCCUCUGUUUCCACCGCUGUUUCUUCCUCUUCCUCCUCUUCUUUCUCUACCUCUUCCCUGGACAAAUUAACAGAAUCCUUAAUUAACAAGUGGAAGCCAGAGCCAGCAGUGUCACAGGGGUCCAAGAACAAGGAACCUGAAAUGAGCCCAGAGCUAAAGUCCCACCCUAAGCUAACACUUAUGCAGCUUCUUCUUGAGCGCAGAAAUAAUGAGAUGGUAAAUAAGAACGUAUGUAACCAGGAUUUGCCCCUCGAUAUCACUAUGGCCACCAUGUCUCGAAACCAGCAAAAUGGACUGGUGCCUUGGGAAGAGACCAGGACGACAAGCCCUCUUGACAGGCCCAUAGCCCCAGCUCAGCCCCAAUACUCUCAUAGCCGUGAUCCAAAUGGUGCACUGUCCCCCUUUUCUUACCCCUCCCCAAAUGUCCAGUCCAGCCCACUGGAUUUGUGUAAGUCUAAAACCUUCCCUGCUGAGAAGGCUUCAGAGCCGGCCUUCAGUGCCAGUAAACUGUUACAGAAUCUGGCUCAGUGUGGCACAGCUUCUUCCUCCCCACCCAUCCCCUCUGGCAAAACUCUUGGCCCGGAGGCUGAUGCCAGUAGGCCCCUUGCCCUUUUGGAAAGGCUCAAUGCUCCAAUCCACAGAACUACCACCACUCCACUGUCUGAUGGAGCCUCGAGCAGUGGCACACCCUUCAGCCGGAAGGAAGCUUCUCCUCCUGCGACACAAAUCGAAAACCUCUUAGAGAGGCGCACCGUGCUGCAGCUUCUCCUCGGAACUGGCUCGGGGUCGGCGGGCACCGGCCGCAAAGAUAGGCCCAGUGGGAACGACAGGAGAGGUGUUGAGGUGGCAGGAGGAUACUACGAGAAGAGCCCCAGUGCCUCCAUCAUCUGUGACAGCUCCAAUGGGCCUCCUUUGGAUGUAAAGGUCAAAUCGGAGCUCACAGAGGAGGCAGGGCCAUCCUCUGCCAUGUCUGAGGACUUCAAUGGCAGAAAGAGACUAAGUUACGAGAGGAAUAGCCCCCUUCGAGAUCCCCAGCAGGACUUAAAAACAGAACCGAGGCCCGCAGAGGUCAUAGCAAAGUAUGGCCUCCUCAGCCAGCUGCUCAAACAACAGACUGCUACCUACUACACCAGUGCUGCCAUGCAGACCGAGUCACAGCCCCGGCUGAUUAAAGAGGAACAGAGGGAGUAUCCCAGCCCUAGUCCUAAGAAGAGACGCUUUUGCUCUGAUCAGACUGAUAGUUUGAGUAAUAUCAGCUCUCCUCGAGCACUGGACAGUGGUGACGCACACAUUCAGACCUGCUCUGCGACUCAGACAGAGGCUGACCAGCAGAGGGCCAUGAAGGAGGAGGACGUUCCACCAAGCAGCCCGCCAAGCGAAACCCUCACCAGAGAGAGCCGGGGCUUCAACGUGCUGAAACAGCUGCUGCUCUCCGACAACUGCCUGAAGAAGCUGUCCCAGCAGCCCCGGGGGGCCCCCAGCCCCUCCGUCCUGCAGGCCAACGGGAAAGCCAACGGCAGCAUCCUCAGUCCGCCGGCCCAUAAUCACAGCUUCCUCCACGUCCCCGGCUGGCACCCUCACGGCUCCCUUAACUCAGGGCUUCCGAGCAAUCUCAGACCACUGCCCACGCCUCCCGCCGCCGCCGACAGCCCCGUCCGCAGCCCCUGGAACCGCCACCAAGCUCCGUGGCCCGCCGCUCAGAAACGAGAGACCCCCACCCUCGUGAAGCAGGAGCCCGAGAGCAUCGUGAGGUGGAGCGGUCGGGGCAACGAAAGGGAGGAGGAGGACGAAGAAGAGGACUCAAACCCAGACUCUCCUCGCCUCUCGCGCUCCAACCCCAUCCUGUACUACAUGUUGCAGAAGGGCAGCCUUCAGCUGAGGCGGGACGGGAGGGAUCAGACCGAGGGAGCCCAGUCUGUGGUCCGAGUUAAAGAAGAGCCAAUCACUGACAUGCAUGCAUACGAACGCAGACUGAGCUCCACCCCUCAAUCGCCCGCCCACAAUGACAAGCACAGCCAUGAGAGCCCGGGGCUGAGCCAGUCGUCCGAGUAGAAGUUGUAUCAACUGCAGACAAGUUCAAAGCAAAAUCAAACUCAUUGACUCUUUUAUUGUUGUUAUUGUUCUUUCAUUUGUUUUUGUUUUUUUAUUGACUUGCCAAAUUUGUUCGAUGACACAAAUAAGAAAGAAUGCAAAAACUAUUUUUUAAGUGGAAAUGAGCAAGGCCACAUUUGCCCUGCCUUCUCAAUUACAAACGCUGAGGUCAUGGAAUGGUCUAAAAAAAGGUCUAUCUUCGCGAAAUCCCCGAAUGAUAAAACCCAAACAAUGUUCACAAAUUGAGCCCUCCACUUAUUGCCAUACAUGACAUCUUUGGUUUUCUUGAUUCUGAAGUCCUCACUUGCAGUUUCUGCCAGUUUUACUCGAUCUCGUCGUAUCUGAAUUGCGCACAUAUCACUAUUCCAUGUCCCCUUUGUUGCCUGCCAUAAAACAUUUAGAACGAACAUUUCGAGCUACAUUUAUUAUUGAUGACUCCAAAAAAUGUUAGUGCUCAGUUCAGUGGACAUUUAUUUAUUUUCUCCAUCGGAACAUUUUCGGAUAGACAGAGUCCCAUCAAUUUUAGAUAAGAUUCCAAAUAAAGCCGUUCUGGGGCAGUCGCGGCGGUCUAUUACAACAAUGUACAUGAUAAAUUCAUUCAGAGGGGGACCUUGAAAACAACAUUCACACUGCAAUAGCUUCAGUGAGGAUCCUACCACAAUGAAUGCUUUGUCUUGCUUUUUUUUCCUGUUUAAAUUCAAGAUUUGCGAUGUGUGGUAUGAGGAUAAAUCAGCCGAGGCUUCGAACGGUCAUACCUUAUCGCAUUUUAGCUUAUUUUGAUUUGUUUUUUUUUUUUUUUGUUUUUUUUUUUCUUGCAACGUUACCAGGCCAAUAUUCGUCAGUGCAAAUUCAGGGUUAGCGUGUUUUGCAGAAAGUGCACAUUCAGGCAGAUGGGUCAACUGAGUGCGUGCGGUGCUUUACCGUUGAGCAACUGUGGGUAAACAGGUUUCUAGAGCAACAGUUAAAAAGGCAUGCCAUGGCUCGGAAACCCGUCGCGGGGUUAGAAGAGAAAUAAGUGUGCAUGGAUAAAACACACACUGCGUUUUUCUGUCAUGCACACCAAAACCUCACGGAGUUGGAAGCACAUGGCUUUUUUUUUUUUUUUUUAUGUUUUUUUUUCACUUAAUCCAAAAAGGGAACGCCCAGAGUUUGCACUAUCGAAUCCGAGUCCUCUUUGUCCUCUUUCAGAAUAAUUUAACGGCAUGUAGUUGAAAAUAAUAAUAA